UUUGUUUUUUGUCAAUUUCAAUAGAAAGCAAAAUCAAAAAACAAGAAAAUUAAUCACAAAUUUUAGAUUAACAUACUUAUUUUAAAUAUAAUUAACAUAUAUUUGUAAACAGUUUAUUCUUCGAAGAAAAAUGCAACGCGAAGAAAAACAAUUAGAGGCCAUGUUAGAGGCGAUACUAAUGAAAUUGAAUGAUUUAAAGGCAUCCAUAGGAGCUAUGAUACACAAAUUAGAGACGGAAUAUGAAACCAUAAAUUGGCCAACAUUUUUAGAUAAUUUUGCACUUGUUUCUAGUCACCUUACAGGGUUAUCAAAACUUUUAUCAAAAGAUUUCACAUUUAUACGUAAUAGAACUGUCUUGCCACUUAAACUUUCGCCAGAACCAGACGAUGUAUUGUUACAAAUAACCGAAGGUCGUGUUCCAGUAUUUUCUCAUGAUAUAUGCCCAGAUUAUUUAAGAACAAAACCUGAACCUGCAGCAGAACAACGCAUGCUGCAACAUGAACAAAAGGCAAACAGUCUACUCCCAGAAACGGCUAUGAAACAAUUUACACAGUAUAACAAAGUUAUAUCACAUGUUUUUGAUAUGGUGAGUAAAGCUCGUGAAGAAUGGGAAAACGAAACUAAUACUAGAACUGGUCCUUCUCAAAUAAGUAGUGUUACCGAUACUCAUGCUUUAGUAGCAGCAAUCGGUAUGGGUAAAGGCCUUAAAUCAUCUAUGCAAGUUCCUACACCAGGAAUGAUGCCGCCGGGAGCUCCAGGAAUGAUGCCACGUCCUCCAGCAGCGAUGGGUGCCUCAGUUAGUCCUGGAGUUAAUCCGUUAGGAAAAGCUCCAGCAGGCAUCAAAACUAAUAUCAAAUCAGCCAACCAAAUUCAUUCUUUUGGCAGAUAAACUUGUUCGACUUUUUUAAAUCAUAUAUUUAUCAUUAUUUAAUAUCGAAACUUCUACGUUAAUAAUUUAAAAUAAAAAAACAUAGACACAUAACAAAUUAAACUCAAUAUUUUUGAUUGGUUUUUUUAAUA